AUGAAUAAACGUCUCAAUUUUGUUCGUACGAUACGGACAAGCAAUGGUCGUAUAGAUUUCUCCAAACUUGAGGCGAAGUGGGUGGCCAAAUGGAAACAGCAAUCCCCAGAUGGUUCCUUACACCCAACCAAACAUCUUGACAACCACGACACCUCCAAGAAAACAUUCUACUCCCUUUCUAUGUUUCCCUACCCUUCUGGUGUACUUCACAUGGGCCAUUUGCGAGUAUACACCAUCAGUGACGUCGUGGCUCGAUUCAAGAGAUUGCGUGGGUACAAAGUGAUUCACCCUAUGGGAUGGGAUGCAUUUGGAUUACCAGCCGAGAAUGCUGCCAUUGAGCGCGGGAUUGAUCCUAGUGAAUGGACCGAGACGAACAUCGCCAAGAUGAAAUCACAAAUGUCAAACUUCUUGGCUGAUUUCGACUGGGAUCGCGAAGUCAAUACCAGUUCGCCCGAGUACUACAAGUGGACGCAAAAGAUCUUUUUGAUGUUGUUUGAAAAAGGGUUGGCUUAUCGUCAAGAGGCCGAGAUCAAUUGGGACCCCGUGGACAUGACCGUGCUUGCUAAUGAACAAGUCGACUCCGAAGGCAAGUCAUGGAGAAGUGGAGCUAUUGUCGAGAAGAAGUUGUUGAGACAGUGGUUUAUUGGUAUAACCAAGUACGCCAAUGAAUUGAACCGAGAUUUGGAAACUUUGGAUGGGUGGCCCGAGAAGGUGAAGCUCAUGCAACGCAAUUGGAUUGGUGAAUCCCAUGGUGCCGAGAUUAGUUUUCCUAUAGAAGGAUACUCCAACGUGGAGGUGUUUACUUCAAGACCAGAUACAUUGUUUAGUGUUCAGUUCUUAGCGUUGGCCUUGAACCAUCCUAUCGUUACUGAAUUAGCCAAACAAGAUGGCGAAUUGGCCAAGUUUAUAAACGGAACAUAUGAACUUAACUCGAAAGCAGGUUAUAAAUUACCCAUAAAAGCUUCAAUUCCUAUUGACGUCAAUAAUAACAAACUGGAGAAGUAUGAUAUUCCUAUUUAUGCUGCUCCCUACGUCAUUGGAAGCUAUGGGCAUGGUGCUGUUAUGGGAUGUCCUGGACAUGAUGACCGUGACUUUGAAUUCUGGAAAUUACAUGAACCAACCAAACAAGCUAUUCAAGUGGUGGCUCCAACUAAGCAAGAUGUGACUAACCCAUAUACCGAAAAGGCUGGCACGCUACAAGAUAGCUCGGUUUUGCCUACUGGUAUUGCUGAUCUUGGAAACUACCGUGGUAAAUCUGUCAAGGAAGCCAUGAAGUUAAUCGUCAAGAACCUUGAAGGUCAUUCCCUUGGUAAACCAACCACAAACUACAGAAUUAGAGAUUGGUUAAUCAGCAGACAAAGAUACUGGGGUGCUCCUAUCCCAAUCAUCCAUUGUGACGAUUGUGGACCAGUGGCCGUGCCUGAUGAGCAAUUGCCUGUAGUGUUACCACCCACUGAAGGUAAACAUUUCGGCAAGGGGAACCCAUUAGCCAAUAUCGACUCUUUUGUCAAUUGCGAAUGUCCAUCAUGUGGUAAGCCAUCCAAGAGAGAGACCGAUACUAUGGACACGUUCAUGGAUUCAUCAUGGUACUUUUUCCGUUACUUGGAUCCAAAUAACCAGAAAUUACCUAUCGGUAAAGAAGCCAGUAAGGAUAUGCCGGUUGAUUUAUACAUUGGUGGGGUCGAACAUGCCAUUUUGCACUUGUUAUAUUCCCGAUUUAUCUCCAAGUUCUUGAAUGAUUACGGAUUAUGGAAUGGUGAGCAGUGCAAGAGUGAACCAUUCCUGAAGUUGAUUACUCAAGGUAUGGUUCACGGAAAGACUUUCUCUGAUCCUGACAAUGGCCGAUUCUUGAAGCCUGAUGAAUUAGACUACUCUGAUCCCGCAAACCCAGUGGUGAAGCUGAUGGGUAAGACUCCAUUAGUGACGUAUGAAAAAAUGUCUAAAUCCAAGUACAACGGGGCUGAUCCUGGUGAAUGCAUUGCCAAAUACGGUGCUGAUGCUACCCGUGCCCAUAUGUUGUUCCUGGCUCCUAUUUCUGACGUUCUCAACUGGAACGAGGAGCAGAUCCUGGGUAUUGACAGAUGGUUGAAUCGUGUGGUGCAAUUGGGUGAAACUAUCAAGGAAUUACCUGUACAUGAUGGUGCUAAACAAGGUACCUUGUCCCAGCAUGAGCUUGAACUUAAUGGUAAAGUACAACUUGCUGAAUUCAACCAUAAUGAACUUACGCUUUACAAUGACGUUCUGGGAUAUGUGCUGCGAAUUGCAAAGUCAAUUGAAAUUGACUUUUCGUUCAAUACUAUCAUUUCUGAUAUGAUGAAAAUGUCAAAUGCAAUUGGCGAUGCUGUCAAGUCGGACAGCGAGUACAGCACCGAUUUGAUUGUUGAUUCAUACAAGAAAUUGUUGAUUUGUAUGUCAAGUGUAACUCCAGCCACUGCUGAAGAAGGUUGGGAGAUAAUCAACAGUAGCAAUGGUAGCGAAGUUGAGUCAAUCUUUUACCAAUCGUAUCCUGAAUGUCAACCGAUUGAAUCAACCACUCAACAAUAUAACAUCUUCAUAAAUGGUAAAAUGAGAGGAGUUCUUGUAUCAACCAAAGAUUUAAUCACACAGCCACAUUCUCAAAUCAUUGAUGAAAUCAGUAAAGAAAUCAACGUUACAGAAUUUAUUCAAGGUCCUGUAAAGAAAGUCAUUACCAAGCCUUGGAUGAUUAGUAUUGUAUCUUAAAACUACCUGUAUAAAAUUUAACACUUGUAUAUACAUAUAUAUAUAUAUAUAUUAAACCCGUUCUAUAAAUACAUUCAAGA